AUGGGUGCUGAACGACUUGAGAAUGCUGCGCCAACCAUCUAUGCUGUGAAAGCGCGAGAAAGACCAAUGACUGGAAAAGAAUUGUUAGUUUGUUGCUAUUUUCAUCGUAUUCGUUUUUUCCAGAGACGAGAGCGUGGAAGAUCCAAUUGAUUCUUGGGAGAUAUUCGACCUCAUACGAGAUAUAAACGAUCCCGAGCAUCCCUACAGUUUAGAGCAGCUGAACGUCGUGCAAGAAGAAUUGAUAACGGUGCACAGAGAUCAAAAGGAGACUUUCGUAGAUGUAGGAGCUUUUUUGUUUGAACAUCCCUAGUAACCAAAAAAAAAAUUGAAGGUGAGUUUUACACCAACGAUCCCUCACUGCAGCAUGGCUACACUAAUCGGUUUGGCAAUUCGUGUGAAACUCCAACGUUCUCUUCAUUCGAAAGUCAAGGUUUCCAGCAGACUUUUUCGAGCUCGAAGCGUAAACCUUUGAGAUUCGCGUUGCCAUUACACCGGGAUCUCACAGUACCGAAGAAGCAAUAAACAGACAGCUGGCGGAUAAAGUAACACCUUUUGGGUUUCGGAAGCAUUGUGUGAAGUUUGAAGGAAAGAGUGGCUGCUGCGAUGGAGAACCAAGGACUGAUGCAGGCGGUGAACCAGUGUCUUACGCUUCGCGAAGAAUAACGUACUUCAGAAAGCUCGAAAAGUCAAAAGUGUACUUAUGAGAUAAAGCAUUCCGUUUUUCUUCUCAUCAAACCUAGAAAAUGCUGAUUUAUUCAAAAUGAUUUACUUUUAUAAGAUUUGGAUAUAUCACAAUAACAAUUCAGAUGUUUUUCAAAAGUAAUUUUUUCGUGAUUGCCGGGCUCCGAAAUUUCUCGACGAAAAAAGGAAAUGUGAAAAAGUAAGCUUUUUUUUACAAAGUAAAAGCGUCGCUUUUCAGGUAUUUGCAGAGACAAUAUAAGGACGAGUUUGCAGUUCGUGCGAGAGAGCAUAAUUACCGUGCAAGAAGCGCCUUCAAGCUCAUGGAGAUCGACGACCGAUUCCAGAUUCUCCGUCCCGGUUGGAAUUUCUUUUUCUCUGCCGAAAUUCGCGUUGUUUUUUCUGCAAAGAAAUGCGCGCAGGCAAUGACCGAAUAACACGGUUUUCGCUCUUUUUUUUUCUCAUCCGCCUUGGCACGAAAAAAAAGUUUGGAAGUCGUUCAAGCGUCUUUUUGAACAAUGUCUGAUUCUCGAUUUUUGGUUACAUUGGAAAAAAGGGAAGCAGCUGUAUUCUCGAGUUAAAAUUUUGACCUGGUUAUAACAUGGUUUCAGAAAUAAAAUAAAGUGAAAAUAUCAUAAUCACAUAGUUAUUAUCAUUUAAUACAGGGUAAAUCGUUUCAAUUUAUUCAUGAAGUUCUUAAAAUAAGUUAUCUUGCAGUUUAAUAUUUACAUUUUAUAGUUUACAUUUUUACAACCUUUCGAGACCACAAAAGUGUGGGCGCUGAGAAUAUCGAAUGCCGAAUUUUCCAGGGCUCGUGGUUCUGGAUGUUGGUUGUGCGCCCGGAUCCUGGCUUCAGGUAGUUUCAGAACGGUGUCUCUUGAACUCCCCAGCAGAAAAAGAAGGUUAUCUCCUGGGCAUAGAUUUACAGGUGUGGUAAUGACUUGAUGCAAUAACACUAUGACCGUGUUCAGUUGGUGUUACCAGUGCCAGGAGCGGAUAUUUUGAGCUUCUGUGACGUGACUUCGGUCUCAACUCAGAAGAAACUGCAGGCCAAACUGCGAGGUCGUCUAGUCGACGUCGUCCUCAGCGACAUGGCGCCCAAUCCAACUGGUUCUUAGUUUUUCACUUUUUCUUAAAUGGGAUUCUGUUUUUAGGAGAUUCCGGCACAGACCACCUCAGACUGGUGAACUUGAAUCGGACCGUUUUCCAUCUUUUCAAUUCCUCUGAAAAUGUUUUUCAACUUUCGCGGGACGGGGUUUUCGUUUGCAAAGUCAGCUUUUUGAAAAGUUUUUUCUUUUCAUUCAACAUUUUCAGAUGUGGGACGGAGAAGUGAGGUCCGACUUCAUAAAAGAGUUGUCUUUUAAAUUCAAAUCUGUGAAAAUAGUUAAACCGGCGGCCUGUCGAGACAACAGUGCCGAAAUGUAUCUUGUUUGCAAAUUUUACAAAUAAUAUCACAUAAAACUUUUGUUCUGUGUUUUCUUUGCCGAGCGGAUUUCCUUUGCUAUGCCUUUUCUCUUCAGUCUAAAAAUCGGGUCAUCUUUUACAACACGUUUCCCUAUAUUUCAGCAAUAAGAUGCCAUGGAGACACGCUGUGAAGGUUAUGCGAAAAAAAGGUGUCAUGAAUGUCGUGAAAACUUUCAGGUAGCGAUGGCAGCCGGUGAAGCCGUCGCGAAGGCGUUGACCAGGGCCGUUCGCGAGGAAAUAAAACGUCUCCGAGCCAUUCCCAUGAUUAGACGUUGAAAAUUUUAGAGAGUCAGCACGCGGCGGCGCGACACGCGACGAGUACCGGCCAAUCGGCGAGCGAGACGCGUCAGAGCGCCAACACCAACGCCAAGCUCGGAAUCACACUUGAGGUGGGUGGAAAGCUCUCAAGAAGCGAAAAGGAAAGAAACACGGCUUGCCACACAACCCAAAAAGGAAGGAAACGCAACAUGGCGAUUUAUUACGAGUAUCUUUUCCAGCAACAAAAUGGUUGAAUGCAUGCACUCGAUUCUGUUGCUGUGAAUGGUUAUCUAGUUUUUUCCUUUCACACCUUUCAGAGAAAAAGGAACAGCCAUAGAAUUUUUGCAGGAAUCCCUGCAGAUCCUGAACGUAAAGACGCCUUUGGAUGCAGAAGAAGUCCAGAAAAACUAUGAUCAUCUGUUUGCCAUCAAUGAUAAAUCGAAAGGAGGAUCUUUUUAUCUUCAAUCAAAAGUUUGCUCUCUCUUUGAGAAACACGCUUUAAAAAAACUGUGUAUUCAGAUAUACCGGGCGAAAGAAAGAAUAGACGAAGAAAUGGAGAGGAUAGCAAACGUUUCAAAUUCAACGGGUGACAAAAAAGUCGAAGAUAACCAGAAAUAA